CGUGUUAAGAGCUGUCGUCCGCAUGUUUGUACGAACGAAUUGAACAAAUACUCUACAUAAUAUAACGAAUAUAUUCAUAAAUUUCAAACGCCAAUCUACUUUAGUGUACCGCGGAUUCCAUUUUAACGACCAUGGAUUUAAAAUUAUUGAAAAUUCAUGUGCUUGACGUAAUAAAUCUUCUUGGGAUGGACAUAAUAUACAAAACCUUGAGUCGCAAGAAGCAAAUAGGAUCUCCUCAGGAAACGAAAUUAGCCAGAUGCUUGUCAACUCUCGACUUAACGGCCCUUGGCAUAGGGUCGACCCUUGGUGUAGGAAUCUAUGUCUUGGCGGGAUCAGUUUCUCGGGAUACCGCUGGACCGGCAGUUAUCAUAUCUUUUGCCAUAGCCGCAGUUGCGUCAGUUUUCGCAGGUCUUUGUUACGCGGAAUUUGGUGCCAGGGUACCAAGAGCUGGAUCCGCUUACGUUUACAGCUAUGUUGCUGUUGGUGAAUUCAUAGCGUUCCUAAUAGGAUGGACUUUGAUUUUGGAAUAUGUGAUUGGCUCUGCCAGUGUGGUGCGUGCACUGAGUACCUACGUCGAUGCCCUUUUCAAUGACACUAUGAAGACGACGUUUCAGAGUGCCAUGCCUAUUGAAAUUGACUAUCUCUCCGCAUAUCCGGACUUUUUCGCCUUUGGAAUAACUCUGGUUUUCUCUGCUGCUCUGGCCUUUGGCGCUAAGGAGUCAUCCCUGGCCAACAACAUUUUCACCUUAAUCAACUUGUCAGUUGUACUGUUUGUCAUCAUUGCUGGUUCGUUCAAAGCUGACGCUGCGAAUUGGAGAACCGAAGUGGAGUGUACCGAGUCAAGCUGUCCGUGGGGUACCGGAGGUUUUGCUCCGUACGGCAUAUCGGGCAUCAUAACUGGCGCAGCAACCUGCUUCUAUGGUUUCAUUGGAUUUGACUGCGUCGCAACCACAGGAGAAGAGGCGAAAAGUCCGCAGAAAUCCAUACCAAUUGCGAUUGUUGCUUCUCUGACAAUUGUUUUCCUUUCGUACUUCGGCAUAUCGGUAGUUCUGACAAUGACUCUUCCCUAUUACGACCAGAAUGCCGAUGCCCCGCUGCCCCAUCUUUUUGAGACGAUAGGAUGGAAUUGGGCUAAAUGGGCAGUUUCUGUAGGGGCAAUUUGCGGCCUGUGUGCAAGUUUACUUGGCGCAAUGUUCCCUUUGCCUCGAGUGAUCUAUGCUAUGGCCUCAGAUGGUUUGAUUUUCAAGUGGAUGGGGAAAAUCGACUCCCGUUUUCAGACUCCACUUGCUGGAACUCUUUGUACUGGAUUACUGACAGGGAUUCUGGCCGCAAUAUUUGAGCUGAAACAACUGGUUGACAUGAUGAGCAUCGGGACUUUGCUAGCUUAUUCGAUUGUUGCGGCCUGUGUUUUAAUUUUAAGGUACGAGGAGAGCGAGGCUUACGAAAAAAAAGAUGAUCGUACCCUGAAAAGCUUUACAUUUAUUGCAAAGCAAUUUUUCAAUGGAAAUAAACUGCAUCACUCAACGAGACUGACAGCAAGUCUGGUUACUUGGCUGGUAUUUGCAUACUUUGUACUCUGCGCAUGUACAUCAAUGAUGAUUGUUUUUGCCGGUGAUAAACUUUUAAACAUUGAACCAUGGGCGGUUGCAAUUUUCGUACUUCUAAUUGCAAGUCUAGUUAGCAUUCUUGUCUCCGUGUAUCUGCAGCCAGUGUCUGGAAGGAAGCUUAGUUUUUCUGUACCUUUUGUUCCAUUCUUGCCAGCUCUCAGCAUUUUUAUCAACAUUUACUUGAUGAUGAUGUUAGAUAACAUGACUUGGGUUCGGUUUGGUGUAUGGAUGGCCAUUGGGCUUGCAGUGUAUUUUCUCUACGGAAUUAGGCACAGCAAUCUUCGGCAAAAAAAAACUAAUCCAGAAGCAACGUCUUGAAAAGGAGUUUGUACAUGGAAGAGUUGUAGAAUAGUGUAAACUGUGCUUCAACGUCUUUGGUAACUCCUCAAAGUAUUAUCACCAUCAAAUCGCCUGCAUCUAUAAUUCCAAAUGUAAUCUUUAUUGAACAAGUAAUAAGUAUAUUUCCGUGGUGUAGAACUGAGUUUAGGUGCGGGGAUUUGGACCAACAUAAAACGAUACCGUUAAACUUUGUAAUCAUUUCUGUACAAAGUACACUUUUAUUUCAAUCUAACGCGGCUCAAGUUACUUUUCUGCAGUCGUUGGUUAAAGUUGAUGAAUUCGUUCAUCAGAAGGUCAAGAUCUAAUUCUUCAGUCAUAUAUUCGUGAACAUGGAUUGUAACUACAUCGUUCAAGCGAUCUAGCAGCAUCGCUAAUAUUCAAGUCUUUGAAACGAACUUAAUUUUUCGAAACUGCAAAUAUCUGAAGUGUGGAAUUCCACUUGCUACAUUUAGCGAUGGAAUGCUCCACACCUACUAUAGUGGUUUCAUAUUCUAUGCAAUAAUAUAUUCCAAGACGUUUAUCAUAUCGUCAAAUUUUGUACGAAUCAGAAACUUGUGAUAAGAAAUUAUCCACAUUGUCCGACAUGCAACAAAUACCAAUAUUUUGAUGCCAUUCUUUCCCUCAAGGGCAAUUUGUUGUCCUGGACUUAUGGUUGAGAAUUUAACGUAGUAUUCUUGCUAUUAAUUAAUUAAAUUUAUUAAUCAAUUUUUCUCGCCGGCGACGCGUUGCAUAUUGUACUUCAGUACUUCUGCCUGUCAAAAUCGUAUGACUUUGCCUAUAUCAUUUGAAAUUGUAUACUAAAUAACUAUUCUCAUUGGAAAAUCAUCGCCCCAGCAGAUCUUAAUAUUGAAAUUCAUGUAUUAUAUAGCCCUACUAGAUUCACUAUUUUCCUUAGAACAGCCAAAUAUUCGUUUUUAACAUAUUGCUUAAUUAACCGAAAGUUAAUUAGUACCAAUGUUAUAAUAUAUUUCAUUUGUAUUUUCAACAUAACGUUACUAGCUCCUCGUAAAACCAAUCAGGAACAAGCAGAGAACGGAAUGAUUAUUUAUUUUUAUAUUCUUACGAUUAUGUGAUAUCGGAAAUUCUAUUAUUUAUCCUGUUCAUAGAAAUCCGAAACCGGAUUUAUUUUAAUUUUACUUUUCAUGCAUAUCUCCAAAUACACUUAAAAUUAUAUUAACCCACAAAUAUCCAGCAUAAUUACACUGUUCCUUACCCAUGUAAAUUUUUCCUUUAUCCUGUCUGAUUUUUGUUGAAUAAAUCAAUAUUCAAUUGAUAUCAUAUGUAAACGCAAUCAUUUGACUUGUCUUGCCAAUUUGUCGCUUCAACUUUUUCAUCCGAUCUAAGAUAGUUAAAAUAACUGUGAAUAAGUUCCAACGUCCUGAGAAGGGUUCCUACUUUCCGCAUUUGUAUUUCCGCUUUGUUCUUUCAAUAUCAUUACAACUCACCUGAAAAUUUCGAAAUUGUACUCUUAUCUAAUAUCAUUACAGUAAGCAAUUUGCACCAAAUAUUAAAUUGAUAAAAAAAAUAUGUGCACUAUAACUCGAGUGUUACAGUAAAUUUUUUAGCUUUUGUAUAUAUUAACAUAAAUAAUGUUUAUUUUUUUGUAUAAAUAUAAGUCACAGCAUAGAAAAAAUCUUAGUAUUAAUGGAAUAAUUGAUUACUGCUUCAAAAAACUAGGCUUAAGAAUGCUUUGAAACAAUAACGUAUGUGAAAAGGUUUCACGAAUACACCUAUAACUAAUUUAUACAUAAAUAUAUUCACUUAUAAAAUAGAUUAAUGUAGAAUUUCUCAUAUUAUAAAAUAGGGCGUAUUUUCUUCAGUCGUACCAAAACACUUUGGUUUUCAGCAAAUAGAUACAUCGAAAAGUAACGGGUCGAUCGACUUCUUGUAAAAUUACGUAAGUAAGAUCAGAAAGUGCGGGCG